CAAAGCCAAAGUGCAGUUUCUCUGAUUUAUCUCAUAAAAAGGUACAUCUCUCUUUGUCCAGUCAGUGCUUCUCUGUCUGCGCUUCAACCAGGAGAAGUUCACAAUGAUGAUGCGUGCAGCCGUGGGUCUCUGGGUCCUAUCAGCGGUGAUCUGCGUGGGCAGAGGCCAUCACCAUCCUGAUCACCAUUUGGGUCAUGGCCACGACAAGGCCGCCCAAGACACCGGCAGCGCCAACAGCGUCUCCCUGGUGAACGAAGCAAACCAAGAGUUUUCCUUCCGACUCUACAGGCAGUUAGCAGCUCAUGCUGACUCUCAGGGACAGAAUAUCUUCUUCUCCCCGGCUAGUGUGUCGGCCGCCUUGGCUGCGUUGUCCGUGGGAGCGCAGGGGGAGACUCACCGUCAGCUUUUCAGUGGUCUGGGCUUCAACAGCUCCCUACUGACGCAGACAGAUGUGGACCAGGCCUUCCAGACAUUCCUCCAGAGGGUCAACAACACAUCUCAGGAGGACGCCAGCGAAGGGACCGCCGUGUUCGUGGACAACCGCUUCAAGCCGAAGCCGGAGUUCCUGCAGACCCUGAAGCAGUCGUACUUCACAGAUGGGUUCAAUGUGGACUUCAGCCAAGCCACAGAAAGUGCUGAUACCAUCAAUAAGUACGUGGAGGAGAAGACCAACGGGAAGGUUGACAAGCUGGUGAAAAACCUGGAUCCAAACACAGUCAUGUAUCUCAUCAGCUACAUCUACUACAAAGGAAAGUGGGCAACUCCGUUUGACCCUGAGCUCACAGAGGAAGACUACUUCAACGUGGACGAGAACACAAAGGUCCAAGUCCUCAUGAUGAAUCUGGAGGAUAGUUUCAACACCUAUCGCGACAAUGUGCUGAACGGGACGGUCCUUCAGCUCCCCUUCACCAGCUCCUACUCCAUGCUGCUGAUGUUGCCUGACGUCAUGGCAACACUGGAGAACACCAUUGGCUCGCACUGUGUCACCAAAUGGUUGAAGUGGAUGAAGCCCAGUUCUCCAUCAAGACUUCCUACAACCUCACUGAUGUACUGUCAGAAAUGGACAUGACAUGUAUGGUGAACAUGCAAAUUUGAGAGGCAUUUCAGAGGAGCAUGGACUGGCA